AUCUUUACCAAUCACAACUUUUGUAACUGCGUGAUCAUUUUCUUCUAGCUAAUGGAUAGUAAUGGAGAACGAUGUUUGGCAGUAGUUUUCAUGAUCUUAUGUGCUAUAGAAGCUCCCCUAGUUUUAACCCCUUUCAGUUUCACAACGUUCAACAUUCAAAUAUUGUGAAAGAAGAGCUUCCAAUAAGUGUGCAAUAUUGGGAGCUUGUUCGGAGGGUUUUAACAAAAUGAUGUUUUCUGCCGUAAUGGCGCUAAAAAGAGACAGUAACUAUGCAAACUUGGUUAAUCCCAUUCAGGUGAAUCCUUUUCUAUCUUAACAUCUUGUGGCUUCAGUCGCAUCUCCUAUUAGCAAGAAAACAAAAACGAGUUCUCUCACAUAUUCUAGUAGCCAUCCAAUUCUUUCAGGUUUUAAAUAUUUUCUCAAGUUUUUAUUGAAAUCAUUGACUAGAAGGAAAUCUCUUCCAAUCCUUGUAAACUGCUACAGAAAGAGCUUUUUCUUGUUCAAAUUUUCGUUACAAAACCGACAAAAAACGCUCAUACUUUUGGGAAUAACGGUUCUCAAAAAGUUAAUAAAAGUAAGUUAUUUAUGCUAAGCGUCUCUAUUUUUGUCCUAUCAUGAUGAUGAAAUGAUGUUUACAAGUUGUCAUAAGAAUCAAUGAGUAUAUUUGAAAGACAAAUAAGACUUGAGAUAUUGUUGAGUAUACACAUUGAGAAAUGGAUUGUCCAUUGACAGCUGAAAAGGACUUGAGUGAAUGGAAAAAGUUUCGUUUAGACUCUGACAAGAAUGACUGGAUUGAGGAUAUAGAUAUUUCUGGUGCCAAGUCUUUGUAUGAAAAGGAAGCUCAAGACAGACCACUAAGAGUACUAGUAUUGUAUGGUUCCUUAAGACAACGGUCUUUCUCUCGUUGUUGUGCUUAUGAAGCAGCCAGAUUGUUGGAUUAUUUGGGUGCAGACGUACGAGUUUUUGAUCCUACAGAGUUACCUGUAAAAGGUCAAGUGGAGGAAACCCAUCACAAGGUCCAAGAAUUGAGAGAAUUAGCUCUUUGGUCAGAAGCACAGUUUUGGUGUUCACCUGAAAUGCACGGGAACGUAACGGGUUGUUUUAAAAAUCAGAUUGACUGGAUACCACUUAGUUUAGGUUCCGUGCGUCCUACACAAGGUCGUACUUUGGCUAUAUGUCAAGUGUAUGGAGGUUCACAAUCCUUUAACGCAGUAAAUACAUUGCGAGUAUUGGGAAGGUGGAUGCGUAUGUUUACUAUUCCAAAUCAGUCUUCUAUUCCUAAAGCUUGGCAAGAGUUUGAUGAAUAUAACAGAAUGAAGCCUGGUCCUUUGAGAGAUCGAUUGGUCGAUGUAGUUGAAGAGUUGGUCAAGUUUUCGUUGAUGUUGAGAGACCAUUCUUCUUUUUUAGUAGAUAGAUAUAGUGAAAGGAAAGAAAAGGGAGAUUUUGGAAGAUUGUUAUCUCAAGAAGAAAAAGAAAAAUUACGUAAGAACGAUGUUUUGAAGAGUCUUACCAAUAGUAACAAGUCAUAAAGAGCAUUGGUUUAUCUAUACUUUUGUUGUGAGUUUGAUCUCCAAAAGUACUAUGAACAUAAGGAAAGGAAAUUGAACGACCACUUGUCAGUUUGCAACUAGAGUUGAGGUCUUUUGUUGACACUUUGUAGAAGUAUGAUACACGAGUAGCCAUUAAACUCUUAAAAGGGUCU